GGGGAGGUGCGGAAAACACGCUUCUACGAUUUCAAUUCACAAAUUCUUGACACAUUAAACGAACGACCCAUAUCCAUAUCCAUAUUGACAGAUAUAAAUACAUAUUUAUUUAACAAAUCAGAGAAACAGAGACGAUACUAAACUGAAUUCGAAUCCCAUACGAAAAUGGCACAUACACACCUGGGACGCGCUGUUAAAAACAUUGAGGCGCCGCGUCCGCUCAAGACACAGUCGCGAUCGUCGUUGAAGAACAGCUAUCUGGUGAUUGAGGAGCUGAUACAGCUCAUAGAUAAUGUGACAGUGGGUCUGCAGUCGUGCAACACGACCACAGAGUCGAUAACGUUGCUGCUGCACAAUCUGCGGGUUCAUGGGCCGCAGCUGGAGGCGGUGUCCAAGGAUACGCUGGAUCGGGCAUUCGUUGUGUUUCGCAAUGCUUCGCAGGACGAACGUCUGAACAUAAUGACACGCCUUAAGCUGCUCGAACUGAUCGAAUUACGUGCCAAAAGCUGGGAGGACAAUGACACAAUUGCCUACUACAAGUCCAAACAGCAGGUCUCCAAUGAGCUACCCCCGGAGCCAUACCAACAUGAUGCCAGCGGUCAACAAGGCGGCUUUCUCAGCACCUCCCCCACAUUCGGUGUCAGCGGCGGCGGCGCCGGAAUCAAUGUCGGAGCUGCCGCUGCUGCUGCCGCUGUUUUCAACGCAGCCUCGGCAGCUGCCGCGGCCCAGGCAGCCGCCAUAGCGGCCGUGGGCUCACCCAAUCAGCAGCACAUGCUGCUGCACCCAGGUGAAGUCAUUCGGAACUCCGGCAAGUUCCUCAAGCCGACGAAGAUACCGGGAAAAACCUACUGCAAGGACGAGGUGGUAAUCCGCAAUGCUGAUUCGGGCAAAGUCAUGGGCAUCAAAGGGCGACGCGUCCACAUGAUUGAGGAGCUAAGCGAAACUAUCAUAUCGUUUCAAAGAGUCAACCCGGGCGCCAAGGAACGUUUGGUGCAGAUCACUGGACCGGCGGAAGAAAAGAUUAACUACGCCAAGCAACUGAUGGAGGACACCAUUCGCCGCAACGCCUCGCCGGUGCGCCUGGAGCCUGCCCCAGCGGCCGGCGGGUCGUGCUCGUCCCUCAACUCUUCGAACUCUGACGAUGCCGUGGUGGUUCAGCCGCGCACUCCUGGUGGCAGCAGCCUGGCGAACCGCCUAAGCUUCAAUUCGGCCCAGAACUUUAUGACUGCUCAGCAGGCUGCGGCUCAACAGAUCUCCCAAAUCUCGCAGCACCAACAGGCGCAUCAGCAGCAGCAGCACCACCACCAGCAGCAGGUUGCCGCCAUUCAGGUGGCCGCCGCAGCAGCCCAGGCGCAGGCAACAGCUGCUGCCGGUAAAGUUUUGCGACCCAGCCAACAGCUGCUUAUGCACUCAUAUUCCACAAACGAUGCUUCCGUAGGUGAAUACAAGUUCACGGUCAACGUGGGCCAGCGUCUGAUCAAGAUAACCGGCGACUGCUGUGAGCUAGUGCGCGUGGCCAAGCUCGUCCUGGACGAUUACUUCAGCAGCUCGGAGUUCUUGGCUUCCAUGGAGGCUGGCGCCGCUUUUGAUGGCACCUCUCUUGUUAGCCCCGUGACCACUCCAUCCACACCGCUGCCCGGAGCUGGUCCGCCACAGUUUAUGCUGCCCUUGGCCGACAGCGGCAUCGGACUGAACUAUGCUGCCUCCUCGGCCAACAACAACGGCGACGGUGACGAUGAAGUGUUUACCGAAACGACCAAUGGAGCUUCACCGAAUGCUGCCAAUCAGAACGGCUUGGCACGCUCACGUCGCAGCCAUUUCUCACGCAAGGAGUCUACGCCUGAGAGUAAGGGAGCCCGCGAGAAGCUCGACGUGGAGGAGCGUCCACUGAAGACAAAUGCAUCACGCGUCUCUUACGAUAUUGAACACUUGAUUUACUACUCGCAAAGUCCGCAUGCCUGGGCCCUGCCCAACGAUUGGGAGAAGAUGUUGGAGACAUCGCCGUCGAUUGUGCGCAACAAGGUAAUUCAUUCACCCGAUGUGCAAUUGAAAUGCAUCCGUCGUCCCUCGUCGAGCCUCGAUUCCAUCACCAAUGCACCCAAAUCAUUCGCAUUAACAACGGCUAGCACAGCCAUUUAUCCCGAAGGCGAUGCGCAGGUCGCAGUCGCCGUCGCAAACGCAACCACAGAAAGCUCCAGUGAUUCAAGCACUUUAACCGAAACUAACAAGCAAUCUAGAGUAAGUCCCCAAGAGCGUGAGCUCCGUCGCAAUCCAAAACCAUCGGCAGAGUCCGAUAGGAAUCUGUACAACAGGCAAUUGCAAAUUAUAACCAGCACAAUGGGUGCAAAGACACAAGCAAAGUGUCGCCAGCAGCCGCAGCCGCUUUUGCCGCCUUUGCAUUCAAAUCAUUCUCUGUCGCAGGCAAAAGCCAUAUUCCAACGCUAUACAGAGGAUGAUGAGUGCCUAAUGGCCUGGUUCGAUGAUCACUCGCAUCCAGAGCUGAACAAUAAUCGUACUUUUGUUUAAAUGUUCAUUCAUUCAUUACGUAUCAGAAAUACGUAUUCGUUUGAUCUUACACAGUACAUCAUUCCUCUUUGAUGAUCUAGUCUUGGAAUCUGCAAUUGAUUGAUCAUUUGCAACAGAUAACAAUCCAAUCUCUCUAUCGAAUCGAAUCGAAUAGAAUUAAUAAGAUUUUCACGCAAUCUCAAGCCCAUGUAGUUCUAGAUAUAACGAAACCAAAACAAACCAAUUGAAAAGCGAAACUUUUUGCUAGUCAUAGACGUAGUAGUAACCACAUACCCAUACAAACAUACGUUGCAAUGAAAAUUAAAUUUAUAAAAUGUAACUAAGGGAAGAAUCUGUGUUUUGGCUGUGAAACAGAUUUAGUUUUUCGCUAGAGUUUAGAAUGAGGAUUGCGGUCUAAACCGUUCCACCCACACACACAUAAAAUUAACAAGAAACACCACACACAAACGCACAUUUAAGCGCAUUUUUACAUAACAUAAACUGUAAUUAACAUUUUAAUAAGACUUAUAACAAAGUAUAAUCCAAGCAAUGAUUGGGCUGCGAAUGUAACAAAAGCUAUAUUUAAGCGUUUUUUUCCCCCACUCCAAAAGCAUACAAUUUAUACGUGCAUAUAUACAUACCUAU